CCUGUGCUGUCGGCAGUCUCUGGUCAUCCCUGUGCUGUCGGCAGUCUCUGGUCAUCCCUGUGCUGUCGGCAGUCUCUGGUCAUCCCUGUGCUGUCUGCAGUCUCUGGUCAUCCCUGUGCUGUCUGCAGUCUCUGGUCAUCCCUGUGCUGUCUGCAGUCUCUGGUCAUCCCUGUGCUGUCCGCAGUCUCUGGUCAUCUCCUGUACUGUGUCAGCCAGUCUGUGGUCAUUCCCUGCACUGUCUGCAGUCUCUGGUCAUUCCCUGCACUGUGUCCGCAGUCUCUGGUCAUCCCCUGCACUGUGUCCGCAGUCUCUGGUCAUCCCUGCACUGUGUCUGCAGUCUCUGGUCAUCCCCUGCACUGUGUCCGCAGUCUCUGGUCAUCCCCUGCACUGUGUCCGCAGUCUCUGUCAUUCCCCUGCACUGUGUCCGCAGUCUCUGGUCAUUCCCGCAGUCUCUGGUUCUGGAGCGAAUAUCCCCUGCACUGUGUCCGCAGUCUCUUGGUCAUUCCCUGCACUGUGUCCGCAGUCUCUGGUCGUCCCUGCACUGUCUGCAGUCUAUGGAGCAUAAAGCGUCCCCUGCACUGUGUCCGCAGUCUCUGGUCGUCCCGCACUGUGUCUGGUUAUGGAGCGAAUAUCCCCUGCACUGUGUCCGCAGUC